GUUUAAUAACAACGACGUGUGUGAAAAAAAAGUCACUCCUAAUGCGGUGGAUAAUAACGUCGGUGUGCCAUAAAAGAAGAGAAUGAAGUCGCACAUGUUGUACGUUUACUGGGCGCUGCUCCUAAUAUCGAUGGUGUCCAGUGGACUUUUGUUCUUGAUAGUAGCUUCGGAAGGCGCACAAACCAAAGAUUCUUCUUUUCAUCCUGAAAAGAAUGAGACUUACGAGACAUACAGUAAUAUUACACUUAAUUAUGAUAACCAUGAAAGUUUUGAGUCAUCUAUAUUGGAUAUCAAAACUCGAACUACAAUGACAUUCAAGACUAAUCAGAAUGAUCAAUAUCAUCAGGAAAAAGCUACUACAGUCUCUGCUAGCAUUAAAAAAGUCACCAAUGACAAUGCGCAGAUGGGAAAGGAUGUGGACAUUUUAGCAGAGAUCCUUACGCAGCAACCUAAUCUCUCCCAAGAGAUUUCCGAGACCGGCCAAGCUGUAGUGUUGACGUUGGUGGACACUGCGGCGGCGGAAUUGCAGAAUCUGGCCGAGCCGAAGAUCGACCGUGAGUUUUCCUCGAGAUCGUCCAUCAAGAAUUCCUCGAUUUUGAGCGAUGACCAAAUCAGACAAACCGAGCACAUAAAGGAGAUCGUUGUGCCGACGACGCAGAUCCAACCACCGCUGAUUGUUGAUGAGACGACGGCGACGACGGAGCGACCGAAUGACACGGAGGCCUUCGAGGACGGCGAGGAAGUGCUUUUGUUGAAAAAGAUAUCCACCGAGGAGGCUCCGGAGGUCGUGGUAAUCGUUAGAGCAGAGCAGAAAGUCAAUAUGGAUGAGUUGGAAUUGAGAAUCGAAGAGGAGGUUGGGCAAGUUCAGAUGUCCGAAGAGUUGUCCUCAAAGGUCGACGACACAUUUACUACAGCAUCGGAAUUGAAUGAUACGGCGGCCAGAGCACAAUUGAUUAGUGGUAGUAGAGAUGAAACUGUAGCGGUGAUCUUAGACGGGCUUGUUACUUCAGGUCCUUCCGAUCCGCAUGAGGAUAUACCAUCCUUCAGCGAAUGGGCACAGAAACGUUUGGAGGAGGUCGAGAAGAAGAAAACUCAUCCAAAUGCUUCCGUGCAGACUCCGGGUAGUCCAGGACGAAGUGUAAGCGGCAUGAAGAUUCGUUCCAAAAAUUACGCCUCUCCCGACUGUGGUGCCAAAAUCGUGGCAGCCAAUCCCGAAGCGAAUAGCGCCAAAAAUGUUUUGGUGUCCACGCGGGACGAGUACAUGCUGAACGCCUGUACAUCGCGCAUCUGGUUCGUUGUUGAACUUUGCGAGGCAAUCCAGGCGAAAAAAAUUGAGCUGGCAAAUUUCGAGCUCUUCAGUUCGUCGCCGAAAGAAUUCUCCGUGUAUGUGAGCGAUCGUUUUCCCACUAAAGAUUGGAGUCCAGUCGGUCAUUUCACUGCUAAGGACGUGAAGGACAUUCAGAGUUUUGUUCUGCAUUCUCACUUCUUUGGUAAAUUCAUCAAGGUUGAGCUACAAUCGCAUUAUGGUUCGGAACAUUUCUGUCCCAUCUCGUUGUUUCGCGCUUACGGUACCAGUGAGUUCGAAGUAUUGGAAACCGAGACGGAGAAUCAGAUUCUACAAGAAACGAGCACAGAGAACGACGAUGACGAGGAUAGCGACGAGGAGGAGCUAUUGGAUAGUGAAGGCGAUGAGCCUUCCAAGCCACCAAGAAAUCUCUUUGGCAGCGCGCGCGAUGCUGUACUAAGUAUUGUGAAAAAGGCUGCAGAGGUUUUAGUGAAAUCCAGUGAUCUCACUGGAAAUAACAUCACGGAAAUACAGCAGAGUAUCGAUGAAGACAAUAUCUUGGACAAUUCAUACACGAGCUGCAUGACGCCUAGAUACACGAUUCUCUGCGGUAAUUGUACUGAUCAAAAGUUUGCCAGCGUUUUUCAGCUGGUUAGUUGUAGAGAUCGGCAAUUGAACGAUUUGCUUAAGAUUGAUUUGGUGAAUAGAACUCUGAGACGAGGACGAUUGUGUAGUUUUCAUGGUGUGAAGAUCGAGUCUUGGCGAGAAAAAGAGGAAGAAAUGAAUUGCAAUAAUACGACGCGUUUCGAUUUGGUGGAUCUUCAAGCGAUUUUUUUAACUUCUGUCUUUAAACCCGAAUACAUUGUAGCAUUAUGUAAUGUUCUUGCAACAAGGGACCGUAAGGUGGUGAUGAACACAAGUUAUGAGAUUCCCAUGAACAGUUCUGAGAAAGACAGAGAAAAUAUUUUAUCUACCAAGAUUACCGAUCAUAGUGGCGAGAUAACUUUUCAUCAUCAAGUUUCUGUCACGUGUACUUUAGAUUCGAAUUCUCCUGCUUGCAAGUCUGGAACGUUUUCUGACAAGGAGUUCCGACAACAACGUUUAGUUCAGGAUACCGAGGAAAUCGGGGAUAUCAGCUCUGCCUCCAUAAAGACUUCUGACAGUUUGGCAUCGCAGAUCAAACCCACGAAAACACUUAGUAAGGAAGAUAUGAAGAAAGAGUCUUCUGUACCGAUUUUAGAACCUAGUAAGGAGCUCACGGAGGAAACGUUGCAGCCAGAAUUGCUGACGACUGUUCCGCCACCAUCUAAUCCAACGCCAACAUUGAAAAUCGUUGAAGAAUUAUCGGUUCUAGGAACUUCUGUCGAGUUAACAUCAAAAACUAUAAGUAGCAGUCCGUCGAUGAAUUCGCUUGACAAUCAAGAAACGAGUGAUACUCUUGUGCCUGAUACGGAAAAUUCCGAAACUAUUGUGCAAAUCAAAACAAAUAAAUCGGAAAAUGGCGAGCAAGAUGGGAAACAGGUGAAAGAUUUGAACGAGCAAGAAGUCGUUCGAUUGUCAUCUCAAGAUUCUCUUUCGUUAGAUACAUUAUUUUCCGAUUUGAAAGAUUUGGAGGGUGAUACAGUUAACAUGCAGAAUGGGGCAUCUUCAUCAAUGGCUCAACCUAUAGCAAGUGCUGCGCCUCAGAAGGAGUCGGUUUUUCUUCGACUGUCUAACAGAAUCAAGGCUUUAGAAAGGAAUAUGUCACUAAGUGGACAAUAUCUGGAAGAAUUGAGUCGUCGUUACAAAAAGCAAGUAGAAGAAAUGCAGCGCUCACUGGAGCGCGCGGUAGCCGCUAUGAACGAGGAGUCUCGAAAGGGUGAAGAGCGCGAAGCGAAGAGAAUGGACGAGAUCGCUAUUUUGAGGGAAGAAAUCGCUAUACUCUCGAAAUCAGUCGAAACUCUUCUUUAUGAUCGCGACAGCUGGCGCAAUCGAAUAUCCGCAAUUGUUCAGCACGCCUUGCUGAUUUGUUUGGAAGUUAUCGUUAUCAUUGUGAUUUUCUCUUAUUGCCGUAGAGGAGAUUUUGGAGAAGAGAAAUUUCAAUCAGAGACAAAGAAGGAGAAAGAGACGCGUCGAAAGAGUGCGGAGAACUUUAGCACUCAUGCCGCGACGAAAAAAACGAGGAAACGGCGACCUAGCGAGAUCGCUUCUCACAUUAGCGGCACGUAUCAUGAGCUGAUGAUCGAUGAUCGAUCUCAUGAGACAAAGAAGGAGCGAAAAAGGAAACGCAAGAAGGAAAUAAUCGCCACCGGAACUUACCCUAGAGUAGGAGUUAAUCUCGACGUGAAAGAAGCAAUUCGUUAUAAGAGUAUAUUGAAUGUUAUCCCUGACGGUACGACAUCAAGAAGAGCAUCGUCUAUAGAACCUCUACAUUCUAAAGAGUCGCAAAACUUGCUUAACAAGAGGCCAGAAUCUGCGCCCGAGGUUGCUAUUGGUUGGUUCGAUGAUCAAACAGAGAAAAGAGAACGAAUCGUGCAACCUGCAUUGCCGAAAAAUAAAGUCUUCAAGAUAGAAUUAGAUUCCGAACUGAUUCGUCAAGAUGAUGAACUCAGCGAAUCUAAUUCGUCAGUAAUUGUGCAUAAAUCUGUUGAAAAAUCGCCCUCAAUUGAACGGAAGAUUGGGGAAUCAAAGAACGGCUCAUUCAGAACCAGUGGUAUCCUUAAAAACGCAAAAUUAAGUUCGCCUUCUUUCAUGAAGACUGCUUUAGGCACGAGAAGAAAAAGAAAGUCCUCUUCAAGUUCUAUCGAGAAAUGGGAAUGGUGCCAGGACUCAGAGCAUUCAAAUAACAGGUCUUUCCCGUCCAGUCCCAUAGGUUUGAAGACAUUAUCACAAACCAUCGACAGCAUCAAUGGUGAAGCUGCGAAUGGCUUGAUCGAGGAAAGCGAUGAAUUGAGGAGUAGUAAUGUUACACCUACGUCGAGCAAAAAAGAAAAAAGAAGCGCUGGUCUAAAAAAAAUGGUAAGAAAGUUUUUCUGAUUGAAAUAGAUCAACACACAGACUGAACUGAAACAUCGAUCUUUGCGUCGAAUUGCCAUAUAAACUGCAGGUAGGCUUUACUCGUGUGAUAAAUUGAAGUAAUCGAUUUAAAUGAGGAAUGAGACUAAGAUGAAAGUACGAAGCAAGAUUGAAAAAUUUCACGAAUUUAUAUAAUUAAAUAUAAAUUAGAUACUCUUACAUCUUUUAGAGGAUCGAAGAUAAAUGAAUGAACUAAAAACUUUUCAAAUUACAAUAUGUAAAUAAGUUUUCGUCUGAGCACGAUUUUAUCCAUCUUAAUUGUGUAUAGACUAGCAAGCGGUGUGUUAAUUAUUUGAAUUUAUUAAUGCUGAAUUCUUUUUUUGCUCAAAGUUACAUGUAACUUGGAGAAUAUAUCAUAACUUUAAAAGAGGCAAAUUUGAAACAGCUUACAUAAAAUUUCUAAGAUAAAAAUUGAGGCAGAAAAUCAUUAAGCAUGACUGCCUAAAUUUUGAAAGAUUCCUCCAUCACUACAUCAUUUACUAUGAUAUAUGUAUUUUUUGUUUAUAUGUGAUAAUACGCGGUUUCAUGCACCACGAUCACAGUUGUGCUUUACUUAUUAGCAAUAAUUGUAUCAUACGUAAUUAGUAUGCUUGCACUCGUUAUAAAAUACAAAGAAAUACAUAGAA